ACUAGUUGGUCAGUCCAGGCGCGAGCAGCAUCCAAUCACGGCUGCUACUGAUCGUUAUCGAAGGCCAGCUCGUCUUUCAUAUGCGAGAAAGCUUGCAGCUCACAGAAGCUGCGUGCAGACGCUUACUCGUUGCAUGUGCACGACGCAGACUAUACCGCGGAUUGCUUUCGUCAUCGGACCUCGCUGCUGUAUAAGCUCUCCAAACACGGAGCAUCCUUCUCUCCGUACACUUCUUCAUCCCCCACUCGUCUUCAGUCUCAACCAACUGUCCCGGCACCUUUGCCGCCACUGCGGAUCCCCUCGGCGAAGCUGGCGUCGGCCAAGGAGACCAGUCCACGGCGUAAGCGGCAGAAGCUCGACCACUCCCCUUCGCCAGCCACGAACAUGUUGGAGCAGCACCUGCUUCCAGACGACAUGUAUUCCUUCCCUUCGUCGCGUCCGCGGGCGGGCGGCAGCGUCGCCGGCGUUAUCGAUCUAACUGCUUCGCCGAAUGGUUCGUCGAAGAAACUACCCACUCGACCACGGCCAAAUCUGCACCCCGAACUUGGAGUCAAGAGGAUACAAGUCAAAAACCUGCGAACGGUCACAAGGGCAGACCCUAGAAAAUACUUCGAAGACAUCUGGGCCAAGUUGGAUACAUGUCUGCAGGCUGUCUUUAUGGGCGAAAAGGCUCCCUACAGCUUGGAGGAGUUGUACAAAGGGGUAGAGAAUGUGUGUAGACAGGGACGCGGGGAGGAGCUUAACAACAGGCUGGAGACUAAAGCCAGAAGCCAUGUUACAGACAAGGUGAAGAAUCGGCUCCUGGGCGCUGUUGACCGGAGCAACGUCGAAAUGCUUGCGGAUGUUGUAGCCGAAUGGCAGGCGUGGGCUACUUACAUGGAUGCUAUUCGUGGCAUUUUCUUUUACAUGGACCGCGCCUAUCUCUUACCAAACAAGAGGCCAACGAUACGUGACAUGUCUGUGUCUCUGUUUCGUGACGCUAUCUUUGACGACAAGCUGCUUCGGCCAAAGAUCAUCGGGGGUUUCUGUGACUUUCUAGCUUCAGACCGCAGAGGCAGUGGCGCCGGCCAGACACGACUCGCCCAGCAAGCGGUAGCAAUGUUCAAUGCAUUAGGAGUGUACACCCAGGCUGUGGAGCCUAGUCUGUUGAAGGAGUCGCAGGCCUUUGUACGUGAGUGGGCCGACAGCGCGGUGAAAACAAAAGAUCUUGGCACAUAUUUGAGAGACGCAGAGCGGUUGAUGGACGCUGAACUCCUACGUUGCGAUAUGCUCGGCCUUGAAGUCAAGAGCACGAAGCGGGAUUUGCUUGCCUUGUUGGAGCACCAUCUUAUUGAACGACAGCAGGAAUUUCUUCUCAACAAGGACGCGAUCGCGGAUUUGCUUGAUCAGAACGCGGUUGAGGAUUUGGAACGUCUUUAUUCUCUGCUAGCGCGGAAGCGGUUACAGGAGAAGAUUCGACAGCCGUUCGAAGAAUGGAUCGAUCUUACCGGCACGGAUAUCAUAUUCGACGAGAAAGAGCAGGAUAAUAUGGUUGUGCGGCUACUCACACUGAAAGGUCAGCUCGACCGUCUCUGGCGUGAUGCCUUCCAUCGUAACACCGAAAUUGGUCAUGGCCUGCGUAAAGCCUUUGAGGUCUUCAUCAACAAAACGAAGAAAACAAGCGGGACCUGGGGCACAGAUAACUCGAAGCCUGGCGAGAUGAUCGCCAAAUAUGUGGACCUGCUUCUUCGCGGUGGUUCAAAAGUGAUACCAGCUGCCCUCAUUAAGAAGGACGCGAGCGCCGUACAGAGUCAGGAAGAGAUCGAGGACAAUGAAGACAUAGACGAAGAACGUCAAGUUGACGACCAGCUAGACCAAGUUCUCGAUCUCUUCCGCUUCGUGCAAGGAAAGGCUGUGUUCGAGGCAUUCUACAAAAAGGAUCUUGCAAGACGUCUCUUGAUGGGUCGAUCUGCCAGCGCUGACGCAGAGAGAAGCAUGUUGACGCGAUUAAAGACUGAGUGUGGAUCUGGCUUCACCCAAAAUCUUGAACAGAUGUUCAAGGAUAUCGAACUCGGCCGCGAGGAAAUGGCAUCGUACAGAGAAUAUUUGACAGAUCUCGGCUUGCAACCGAGGAUCGAUCUAAAUGUGAAUAUUCUGUCCGCGAGUGCAUGGCCGAGUUAUCCAGAUAUCAAGGUCAACAUCCCAAAGGAAGUUUUUUGCGAAAUUGAACGAUUCGAGCAGCACUACAAAAGCAAGCACAGCGGGCGAAAGCUCGAAUGGAAGCACGCACUUGCACAUUGUCAAAUUCGUGCCUCGUUCCCAAAGGGCAGAAAGGAGAUUGUCGUAUCGAGCUUCCAAGCUAUUGUCCUACUUCUCUUCAAUGACGUGGAUGACAACGAACACAUCUCGUACGAGAGACUGCUGGCUGAGACGGGAUUGCCUGAAAAUGAGCUCAAGCGAACUUUACAGUCCCUUGCCUGUGCAAAGCUCCGACCUCUUCGCAAGCACCCCGCAGGUCGCGACAUCAACGAGACGGACACCUUCACUCUAAACACUGGUUUUCAGCAUGAGAAAUACCGAAUCAAGAUCAACCAGGUACAGCUCAAAGAGACCAAAGAGGAAAACAAGGAAAUGCACGAGCGCAUUUACGAGGAUAGAAACUUUGAAACUCAAGCGGCCAUUGUACGGAUUAUGAAGGCCAAGAAGAAAAUUCGCCAUGUCAACCUUGUGGCAGAGGUUAUCGAAGCGACGAAAAAAAGAGGCGUGCUUGAUGUUGCAGGAAUCAAGAAGAACAUUGAUAAGUUGAUCGAGAAGGAAUAUAUGGAGCGACUUGAUGGCGGCGAGUAUGGAUACAUCGCUUAGGCUAGUGCAUCUGAGGAUGAGGAAGAAAAGAGAAAUGAUGAACCCUGUAAGUUCUAGAGUCAACCGAUAUACGAAGCACUUCGGCAUAUGUCUAGGAAUUGAAGUCGACAACUGCCCUCCCAGCUAUCUUGCCAGCACGCAAUUUUUCUACGGCGUCGGGCAUCUUCGCAAGUGGGAAGACUUCACAAAUCGGCUUGAGAAGACCCUGUCGCGCAUAAAUAUCAGCACAAUCUACCCGGCAGGCGAACCACGGGAACUCACUCUAGCCGCAAACUCGAGCGCACGUUGGGUAUCAAGUAAGGAGCCUACUUUGGUGCCUAUGAUGUGCAAAUUUUUGCCAACGAAAAGCAAUGGAUCAGCUCCGGCGACAGCAGUUCCUGUGGGUGCUGCAGCAUGUGUGUAUUAGAAAGACAUAUUUCCACUUGAGCAGGAGAUACUUACGCAGUCCAACACACAUAACCUUGCCACUAAUUCUUGUCAUCAUUGGUGCGCUUGCGUAGGCGGAAGCGCUGGUGGCAGUCACGAAGACACCGUGAGCGCCUUUGCCAUCGCAAAUCUUGAUAACCUCCUCGGCGACGUCUUUGACUUUGGUGAAAUCCACGAAUGCUUCACACCCCAGCUUCAUGCACAAUUCGCGCUUUUCGUCACCACCGUCUACACCCACGACCCGCAUACCCAUGGCUUUAGCCAGCUGGACACCCAUAUGACCGACGCCCCCCCCGGCGCCUGGGAAGACGGCCCAGUCGCCAGGCUUAAGGCCGGAUUCUUUGAGCGAACAAUAUAUUGUACUGCCCGAGCACAUGAUGGGACCAGCAACAAAAUCAUCCACCCCAUCCGGAAUUCGCGAUGUGUAUCGCGCAGGGCUAAGAACAUAUUGCUGGUAGCUGCCUGGGAACUGCAGGCCAAUUUGGGGAGACUCGUCACAGUAUGUCUCUUUCCCGGACCAGCAUAACUCGCAAUUAAAGCACGCAUCGUACGCUGGCUUGAUACCAGCGCGGUCACCAACCUUCCAAUUCGUCACGUUAGAGCCGAGCUUCACAACCACUCCUGCGCCUUCAUGGCCUGGCGAACGAACGCCAAAAGCGGACAUCUUUGGAAUUGGAAGAUCAUUGAGCAUGUAGUGAAUGUCCGAAUAGCAUAUGCCGGUGGCAUUCAGUCGAAUAAGAAUGUCGUUAGGGCCUGCAGAUUUGUCAACAAGUCUUCAAGCCUACGUAGCUGUUCAAAUAUACCAGGCUCCGGGACGGGCACAUCUUCAACCUCCAACCUAAAGUCGGGGCCUUCGUUGAUUACCACGCCAGCCUUGCAUGUCUUUGGUAUUUCCAUCGUGUCAUGUGUAGCGGCCAUGAUGAAGAACUUGGCGCCUUCGACAGUGAAUUGUGUAGAUUUGAACGUUCGAAGAUACAGACUUUUUAGCACAUGAAUGAAAGGGUUUGGUCACUUCCGAGAUGCUUCGAACGAAUAUAGUCGAAGAGAAAGGUACCAUUCAAAGCCUAGUGCUUCGCUAGCCCGAUACCCCGCAACAAGAUAUUGCCGGGGAUGUGAUGACACGAGACAGUCGCUCACAGUGUGAAUUGCAGAAACCAAUCAUUUUAGCUACUCUUCCAGCAGACGACGGAUUUUUAACACAAGGCGGCUUUUU